UGACAGUUAGGUUAGGUUUACCUAACCUUAUUCAAGUGCAAAGCAAACCAAAGCUUUCUUGAUUAUUUUCUUAUUGAUGAAGGAUAUUAGAAAAUGCAAUGUAUGCAUAUAAAUAUUCGAAAAGCAACAUUCAUAUUGCUUUCAGUUAUGAUUAAUUAUGUAAAUAAUAUACAAAUGGCUGAAAAUUUUAUGGAAUCCGACUUUAAAAAUCAAGUGAAAAAUAAUACGUAUAAAAAGCAGGAAAUAUUUAUUCCAAAGCCUGUUCAGGAAGAUUUAGUAUUAACAUGCCCUUCAGAUGUUGCAUGUAAAGAUCUUGAAGUACCAUGUUUAGACUGCUAUGUUAAAUAUAAUUGUGAAUAUGGAAGUUUAUUGAAUGCUACAUGUACAGCUAAACCUGUUGUUAAAUGUAUAGGAGAAAGAAAAUUCCAAAGACCAUAUAUUUGCAGAUAUUGUUAUCAAACAGAUCAUUGGGAACAUAGUUGUGAAUUAAAAGCCAAUUGUAAUUCAGUAGCUUCUCCUAAAGUUUAUUAUACUACCAAUUGUACAGUACAUAAAGAUAUAAUUUGCCUAGGAAAUCGUUUAUUUGAUAAACGAUUACCAUGCAAUUGGACUGGAGGGUAUCGUUGGUUAACAGCUUUAGCUCUCAGCGUAACACUUGGGGGGUUUGGGGCAGAUAGGUUUUACCUAGGUCACUGGCAAGAAGGAAUAGGUAAACUUUUCAGUUUUGGAGGCCUUGGCGUAUGGACAUUAAUAGACGUUAUACUCAUUUCUUUACAUUAUCUAGGUCCAGCAGAUGGUUCUUUAUUUAUCUGAUUAUAUUUCCAUGUGUAUAUAUGAAUUUUAAGAAUUUGAACUCAUUAUGAAAUUAAAUAAAAUGUAAUUCUGAAUAAAUAAAAUGUUUUCAAUCUUC